GUGAGGGAGGGUGUGAUUUAGAGAAAGAGGGAGGGAGGAUGCUACCGCUGCUGCCAGCGGAAAAUGGCUGCUGCAACCCAAGUCCAUCCUGAUACACAGAAACGACGUAAAGGUGGAGAGAGAGAGAGACAAGGAUUAGAAAAUGAGAGCAGAGAGUGAGAUAGAACGAGAGAGUGACAGAGUGAGGGUGUGAGUGUCGCGUGUGUGUUCUGGCGAAGGGGGAUCUAAAGGACAGGGAUACCGGGGCAGGGAGCUCGAAGCAGCGGCUACACCGAGACAUGGAGGGCGAUGUGCGUGUUAGAGCCGUGGUGAUGACACGUGAUGACUCCAGUGGAGGCUGGGUACCCCUGGGGGGCGGCGGCCUCAGUCACGUGGUAAUAUGUAAGGGGAGGAGCCAUGAAGGCAGGGGGCGGAGAGAGUACAUUGUACGCGGAGAGCGGCUACGCGACCGAGCACCGGUGCUGGAGUGUGCUGUGCAGAAGGGGCUGGUCUACAACAAAGUGAACCCUAUCUUUCAUCACUGGCGCGUGGAGGAACGUAAGUUUGGACUGACGUUCCAGAGUCCUGCUGACGCCAUCUCCUUCGAGCGCGGCCUACAAGCGGUCAUCGAUAAGCUGGACCGCGGCUCUGAAUCUCCUUCCUCCUCCACGCCUGAAGAGGGCGACACUGAGGACGAUGGUCAAGCAUCCCAUACAGGAAGUGAGUCAUCUUCCAACAGCCGGAAGGAGAUGCUUCCCAAGCCCGUCACCAUAGUAACCAGCGAGUCCUCCUCCACCUGCUUCGUACGUUCCACCUCCGAGGAGUUUAGCUUCGGAGCGUCCCACACGCUCACCACCACCACACCUGCCCAGAUCCACACCAGGCCUACGCAGCACCAACUCUCCCAAGUCCCCGCUGUGUUGAACCCUCCGUCUCCCCCUCCGCCUCCCCCUGCUCCCCCCACUCCUCCAAAGGGCCCUCCAGCCUCCUCACCCCUCUCCCCCACCAUCUCUCUACUCGAGGAGGGAGACCUGCGCAGCCUGGACCCCUGUAAGGACCUCUGGGGUUCCCGGGGUUACGAGGACUACCGGCGUGCCGGGGCUCAGAGGACCAUGGUGGGAGGUCUCACUGGGGGGGUGGUGGUGGGCAGUGGGGGCAGCAUACAGGACAAGUCCACAGAGCUGUGUGUGGUGCGCUUUGAGAAGGAGGUGGCAGGGGUGGGCACGGCGGGCUGCGAGGUGACGGUCACUCUGGACAGUAAAGGUUCCCAGCGUCUCUCCUCGUCCUCCUCACCCACCUGCAUGGCGUCCAUGCCCAAUGCUGUAUCUGGAGGCUCGUCGGGCGCCGGCUCGCCCCAAGAGACCGGGAAGGGAAGUCCCUCCCCUUGCUGCAUCCACACCUCUCUGGCCACUCCCCGCUCACGGACUCGCAAGCGAGGAGGUGGAGGAGGGGCAGCAGCGGGAGGUGGGGAUGGUAAUGACGGCGACCCGGCCAUCUCCCCAGACGAGGACAGUCCGUGUCCGGCGGGGUCGUCGUGUUCGUCGCGCUGCGUCUACUGCCGCUCCGUGUUCAGCCAAUCAGAGAAUGGGCGGGGCCGCUGCCGGGACGCCCCCGACCCUGCCCUACACUGCCUGCACCAGUGGACCUGUGUGUGGUGCGCAGAGAGCCUGCUGUAUCACUGUAUGUCGGACUCAGAGGGCGAGUUCUGGGAACCGUGUUCCUGCGAGGACUCUUUAGGGGAGGGCCGUCCCCACCCUCUGUGCUGUGCCCGCUGGCUGGCCCUCCUGGCUCUGUCCCUGUUUGUGCCCUGCAUGUGCUGCUACCUGCCCCUGCGAGCUUGCCUGCGCUGUGGAGAGAGGUGCGGCUGCUGUGGGGGGAAGCACAAGGCCGUUCGGUGAGGCCAGGCUGGGGGAGGCUAGACCCAGGGGGGGUUGGG